CCCGCAACAGGCCACGUGCGCUGCCGCCCUGGCCUGGGCCUCUCGCUGGCGCCCCGCCUGGAGGGCGGACCCUGUUGCCUCCUCACUUCUUCCCUUCCCUCUCUUUUCUUCCCCUGCUGCUUUUUCUCCUUCUUUCUUGGCGUCGCCUUCUCAGUCUCCCGGCCUCUGAGAUACCUUGCUGCUUGAAUACAUGCUACCCAAAUCAACAGUUGCUCUAGCUGCCGCUGCCGUUUAAAGUGUGCUGUGCCUCCUACGCGCCAGAGUUCUCAGCGUUUUACCCGCCUGGUCUCAUUUUGUCUGCACAACGAUGGAUCAUGGGCCCAUUUUACAGAUGAGCUAAUUGAAGUUCAUGGAGGCCCUGUACAAGACACUGGGGAUAUAGAAAUUAGGACGACGUGGUCCCUGUUCUCAGAGAGCUCAGCCAGGAGUAGAAGACAGCCAGGUGAGCAGAUGUGGGCACUGGAGGGGCUGUGAAAGGUGCUGGGACUCUAAAGGGGGGGCAAAUGCUCUGCCUAGGGUAGUUGGGGAAGAUAUCACAGAGAAGGCAGAGCCCUUUGAAUCGGAUCCUUGAGGGAUGAAGAGGAGUUCACCUGGCGCAGAAAAAGGAAAAGCUCAUGUGGGUAGAGAGCUAAGGAUGUUUGGACCAGUGAGAGAUGGGGUGAUGAGGGCGGCUGAGGGAGGCUUUGGCUGUCAGGGAAGAACUCGGAAUUUGAUUCUGAGUCACUGGGGAGUCCCUGAAGUGUUUUGAGCAGGGGAGUUCCUUGGAAAGGAUUCUGAAGGAAGGUCUCUGGCAGUGAUUUCCAAAGACCUGGAGUCCUUUUAAGGAUCCACUGAAUCCACUGUAUGAGCUGACAGAUUGAUGGCCCUUCCCUCCCCCAAACCCAUUAUGGCUUUUGGUCCACUCAGACCUUGGAAAUUUUUUUUUUUAACCAUCUCAUUAAAGCCUUUGUCUCACCUGCUAAAGAGAGCGGCCUGCUUCCUUCCUCUCUGCCCUUAUCCCACCUCUUACCACAAUGAUGGGCUACAGAGGGGCUUGGAAUAGAGGUAUGUGGAGAAUGAGGGGGUUAGAGCUUCCCACAGGAUUGGAUGGGCAAAGAGAUACAGGAGGUGGGAAUCCCAGGUGCUUUUUUGUUUGUUUGUUUUUAACUUUAGCCUGCUGUUUCUGAAUGCCAGGUGUUCUUGAUCUUGGCUUUCCCCACCUUACCGGGCCUGGGCCAGUCUAGCAUCUUGGCUUCCUAUACACCCGCCCCCUUGUUUGCCGCACUCAACUUCCUGUCCCACCAGAGGAAGUGGGCAGCAUAGCAGGUGCAGCAACAGCUAGCGGAACCAUGGACAAGGAGUAUGUGGGUUUCGCCGCCCUCCCCAAUCAGCUGCACCGCAAGUCUGUCAAGAAGGGGUUUGACUUCACACUUAUGGUGGCAGGGGAAUCAGGCCUGGGGAAAUCCACCCUCAUUAACAGCCUGUUCCUCACCAACCUCUAUGAGGAUCGGCAGGUACCAGAGGCCAGUGCUCGCUUGACGCAAACACUGACCAUUGAGCGCCGGGGCGUGGAGAUCGAGGAGGGGGGUAUCAAGGUGAAGCUCACCCUGGUGGACACGCCUGGCUUUGGGGACUCAGUGGACUGCUCAGACUGCUGGCUGCCCGUGGUGCGCUUCAUCGAGGAGCAAUUUGAACAGUACCUCAGGGAUGAGAGUGGCCUGAACCGGAAGAACAUCCAGGAUUCCCGAGUCCACUGCUGCCUCUACUUCAUCUCACCCUUCGGCCGGGGGCUCCGGCCCCUAGAUGUGGCCUUCCUCCGGGCGGUACACGAGAAAGUCAACAUCAUCCCGGUCAUCGGCAAAGCAGAUGCCCUGAUGCCUAAGGAAACCCAGGCUCUAAAGCAGAAGAUCCGGGACCAGUUGAGAGAGGAGGAGAUCAACAUCUACCAGUUCCCGGAAUGUGACUCUGAUGAAGAUGAAGACUUCAAGAGGCAGGAUGCGGAGAUGAAGGAAAGCAUCCCUUUUGCAGUUGUCGGUUCCUGCGAGGUGGUGAGGGAUGGCGGGAACCGACCGAUGAGGGGACGUCGCUACUCCUGGGGUACUGUGGAGGUGGAGAACCCACAUCACUGCGAUUUCCUGAAUCUGCGACGGAUGCUGGUGCAGACACACCUGCAGGACUUGAAAGAAGUGACGCAUGAUGUGCUCUACGAGGGCUACCGGGCCCGCUGUCUACAGAGCCUGGCCCGGCCUGGGGCUCGUGAUCGAGCCAGCCGCAGUAAGCUUUCCCGCCAGAGCGCGACAGAGAUCCCGCUGCCCAUGCUGCCUCUGGCCGAGACAGAGAAGCUGAUCCGCGAGAAAGACGAAGAGCUGCGCCGCAUGCAAGAGAUGCUGGAGAAGAUGCAGGCCCAGAUGCAGCAGAGCCAGGCUCCGGGCGAGCAGUCGGACGCUCUCUGAGGCCCGGCCCCGCCUCUCCUCGGCGCUGCCUCAGCCCGUCGCCUGUCCAAUCCCCGCAGCCCCCGCCGCCGGCCGCCCUGGCCCGGUCCCUGCGGGCGCUCCCGCCGCGCGCUUCCACCCGCGCCUGAGUUGUAGCCCCAGGCCCGCCUGCCCUCCGCCCACUUCCCCCUCCUCUCCUCUCCGGGUCGCCCCUCUCAACCCCUGCUCUGUCUUCAAUAAAAACUGAGCUUCCCGAGGCCACGCGAGUCUUCCCCUAACUAGCGGGGACAGGCGGCGG